GCUGUCGCUGAUGUCGCACACGCUAUCAGCAAAAGAUGGUAAGUAGCCUUAAAACAACGCGGGUUGUCAUAAUUGAUAUAUAAGUGAACUUUUCAAUUUGUAAAAAUAUUCUAUUUAUUAUAACAGUUAUAAUUAUUUUGUUUAUGUAAAUGGAGCAAAAAAGAAAAAAAUAUUACUUUCCGAAUAAGGAAAGUAAUCAAAAAAAACGUAAACACUUUACUUUAGAAACAGGCAUGACAGGAUUUCUAUGCACGUGUAAUUUUCGUGAAAAGGACUGUGUAAGAGAUGCAUAUAAAAUACUUAACGAAUUUGCCGAUGAAAUUUAUGGAUUAAAUAAAGAUAAGGUAUCAACAAUAUGUACGAAUGAUGGCUCUAUGGUAAAUGAAAUACAGUCUCCUGAAAGUAAUCAGCAAAAUAAUAGCGAUGAAGAAGAUAUAUCAACUGCUUUAAGCAAAGAAAUUAAUCAGUUAAAAGCAGAGUCUGAGAAACCAAUUGCUUCAAGAAGAUUUCAGGUUGUACAUACUGGUGUAAAGAAUGUAGUUUUUAUUAAAAGUACAUUAUCUAAUCCUUUAGAAUUAGUUAGUCAUAUAAUCAAAGAAUUAGACAGAACUAAACAGCAACGCAGUAGAUUUUUAUUAAGACUUUUACCAAUAGAAAUUGUAUGCAAAGCAUAUAUGAACGAUAUCAGAUCAACAGCAAGUGUGAUACUUGAAAAAUAUUUUUCUCAAGAACCAAAAACUUACAGUAUUGUAUUUAAUCGUCACAGUAAUGACAAUAUACAUAGAGAAGAAAUUAUUAAUGACCUAGCAGAAAUAAUAAAGAAAAAGAAUCCAGGAAAUAGAGCAAAUUUAAAAAAUCCAGAACUUGCUGUUGUGGUAGAAGUAAUACGGGGUAUAUGUUUAAUAUCAGUUGCACCUGAUUAUUAUAAAUAUAGGAAAUACAACUUACUUGAAAUUUGUGCUGUAAAGCAAAAUAUGGCAUGUGCCAAGGAUUCUACAAUAAAGGAUUCAGAUAUAGACAAGAAAGAAAUUGAAAUUUCAAAUAAGUCUAUUACUAAUGCUGAAGAUUCAUUAACACAAGACAAUGAAAAUGACAAUGUAACAAAGUUUGAAACAUCAAAUAUAACCAAAUGAAUACGGGAUGAAAAGUGACAGUAUGUUUGCUUAUAAUUUAAAAGAGGAAAAGAUAAUAUUUAGUUAAUUGUAAUCAAAAGUGAGUUCUUGUAAAAAAUUCAUUUUUCUCUAUAUAAAGUUUGUUUAGUUAUCAAAGUAGAAUAUAAUAUAUGAAU